AUGAAGACAUACAGAGAUUAUCAGGAACCAAUGGAUAAAGCGGCAGUUUUUCAACCAUUCAACUUUCAGAUAUUCGGAUCAGCCUUCGGAAAUUCUCCCAAAGAGGUUUCGUGCUUGAAUUUAGUUGAAAACAAGAAUCAGAAGACAGGAAUCGGCAGGAAAAGCAAGGGCAGAAGGAAGAGUGGGAAAGCUUGGCGGAAACCUCUAAUCGUAAAAGGACAGUGGAAUCCUGAAGAAGACAGGUUGUUGGUGCAGCUGGUGAUGCAGCAUGGAGAUAGGAAAUGGUCACUUGUUGCCGAAAAGCUUCCUGGAAGGAUUGCAAAGCAGUGCAGGGAUAGGUGGCAAAACCAUUUGAGACCAGAUAUCACGAAAGAUGCAUGGUCUGAGGAAGAAGACAAGUUACUGAUCGCAAUUCACAAAGAAGUUGGGAACAAAUGGUCAGAGAUAGCAAGAAGGUUACCAGGUAGGAGUGAAAACACCAUCAAAAACCAUUGGAAUGCAACCAAAAGGAGGCAGCUUUCGUCCAGGAAACGUGGCAAGCCUAAGUACCAGUCCUUAUUGCAAGAGUACAUCAGAAGUGUCCCUUCAGCUUCUUCAUCUGAAGAUCAACUCAACAUCAACAAAAAUGACGAUAAAGAAUAUCGGCUUGUUAAUGCGCCAAAAGUUCCACUUCAGACAAGCCACUCGUCUGAUGUGAAUCACUUGUUUCCAUCUGCUUUAGAGGAAUACAGUUUAGGUCCUGUGUUUGGUUAUAUGCCAAGUGGGUCAAUGGCCAACGAAAGCGGUUUUGAGUUUGACAAGGUGCCGUCUCAUUUGACUAGUCAGUUGGAAUUUGAUUUCAAGAAGGAGAUGGACUUUCUGGAGAUGCUCUAUCAAUAG